CCCCCAAAUCACCCCCCUCCCCGCCGCGAUGUACGACUGCAUGGAGGCGUUCGCCGUCGCUCCGCGGCAGCUCUUCGAUGUCACCAACCAAGGCUCCUGCAUGCUGCGCAAGGCGAGCAUCAGCCCCUGCUUCGGGGCGCUGGAUCCUUUCGGCUGGCCCCAGCCGGCCAGCCUGCAAUCCGUGGAGACCCAGAGCACGAGUUCGGAGGAGAUGGUGCCGAGCUCGCCCUCACCACCCCCGCCCCCCCGCGUCUACAAGCCCUGCUUUGUCUGCAACGAUAAGUCCUCUGGCUACCACUACGGCGUCAGCUCCUGCGAAGGCUGCAAGGGAUUCUUUCGCCGAAGCAUCCAGAAGAACAUGGUAUACACCUGCCACCGCGACAAGAACUGUCAGAUCAACAAGGUGACCCGCAACCGCUGCCAGUACUGUCGGCUCCAGAAGUGCUUUGAAGUCGGCAUGUCCAAAGAAGCCGUGCGGAACGACAGGAACAAGAAGAAGAAGGAUGUGAAGGAGGAGGUGGUGGUGGACAGCUACGAAAUGACUCCCGAGCUGGAGGAGUUGAUCCAGAAAGUCAGCAAGGCCCACCAGGAGACCUUCCCCUCGCUGUGCCAGCUGGGCAAAUACACCACGAACUCCAGCGCCGAUCACCGGGUUCAGCUGGACCUGGGGCUAUGGGACAAGUUCAGCGAACUGGCCACCAAGUGCAUCAUCAAGAUCGUGGAGUUUGCCAAGCGCCUGCCGGGUUUCACCACCCUCAGCAUCGCCGACCAGAUCACCCUGCUCAAGGCGGCCUGCCUGGACAUCCUGAUGCUGCGGAUCUGUACGCGCUACACACCAGAGCAGGACACCAUGACCUUCUCGGACGGGCUGACCCUGAACCGCACCCAGAUGCACAACGCCGGCUUCGGGCCCCUCACUGACCUGGUGUUCGCCUUCGCGGGGCAACUGCUACCCCUGGAGAUGGAUGACACCGAGACGGGGCUGCUCAGUGCCAUCUGCCUCAUCUGCGGAGAUCGGAUGGACCUGGAGGAGCCAGAGAAGGUGGACAAGCUACAGGAGCCGUUGCUGGAAGCGUUGAAAAUCUACGCCCGCCGUCGCAGACCCAGCAAGCCAUACAUGUUCCCCCGCAUGCUGAUGAAAAUCACCGAUCUGCGAGGCAUCAGCACCAAAGGUGCGGAGCGAGCCAUCACCCUGAAGAUGGAGAUCCCUGGCCCCAUGCCCCCCCUCAUCCGGGAGAUGCUGGAAAACCCCGAAAUGUUUGAGGAUGACUCGUCGCAGCCGCCCCCAUCGGCAGAGCCCCCCAGCUCUGAGGAGAGCCCUGCCGAGAGCAAGAGCCCUGAGGAGACCCCCUAGCACCCUGGGGAGUGGGGGGUGGGGACUGGGAGAAGCCCCAUCCUCAGGCACCCCACCCCCUGUCCAACACCCAGCUGGUUCGAACAAGCCAAAGCUGCCUUCAAUCUGCCCUCCAUUGCUGGGGGGGGCAGGCAUGGGCUGGGGGGCAGCUAAUGGAGAUUGUCUGUGUGCUGCCUCAGAGGUGUAGCUCUUGCCUUAACCUUCUCUCGGGAGGGGGGGGCAGUCUGGAGCCUCUCUUUUCCCCCCCCCCCAAGCUUUUUUGUUUUCCAAAGUCUGACUCCAAGCCAAAAAUCUAGUGGGGGCAAGGCCGGGCCAGGGAGCUGCCUGCCUGGGGUGGGGGGCAGAUCCCUGGAAAUGGACCGAGAGGGGUUCAGCAGAGCCCCCCACUCUGUCCCAGCACUGCAAUUGCCCGUCCGGCGGGGGGCGCCCUGGAGCCAGAGAGAGAGACUUGGAAGUGAGCCUGGGCUGGGAUGUCGGGGUGUCGCCCCCCCACUCUGCAUCCCCAACGAUGCUGCCUCCAGAUUCCUGACUCAUGAUCAGUCAAGACCCUGCCUCCUAAACGGACGUUCCCCGCUGGAACCCAGGCAUCCGGGACAACUGAUGCAGAUCUCUGAAGCGGCGGAUUGCUGGGGAACAGGCGGGGGUCGGAACAGCCCCUGCCAGCCCGUGGAAAGCCCAGAACACCUGGGCGUGUUGGGAAAGGAGGCUGAGCUGGGGGGGCGUGGGGGACUUUGCCCCAGCAUGGAUGCUGCCCGUCACCCAGUGUCCUGCAGGUUUCGGGGGACGCGGAUCUCAGAGGGGGGCGGCGAGGUCCAAGUUUGGGAGGUUUAUUUUAUUUUAUGUCUUUGUUGUAUAACGUGCUAAUGGUUUGGGAUCACUCCUUGGCGGUGGGGGAUGAGGGGUCACUGUCCCGUCUCCUGGGGGCUCUGCUGGGAUGGGGGGGGGCCCCAGAGGCAGGGGGCCGGGGCUGUAGGGCUGUAUCUGGUUUUGCUUUUGAUGCUGUUCAGGUUUGCUAUAGUUGGGGCGUCUUUUGCUCUUGACUCCCCACCCCCCCAUAACCUCCAGUUCCAACCCUGCCCCUGUGAUUCCCCCACUUCUGAUUCCCUACCCAUAACCCCCCACAUGGCUUCCCAUAGCCUGACUAACCCAUUUCCCCCUAACCUUCCCCUUCAAUCCUGACCCCGCCCCCACAAUCCCCCUCCCCAGCCUCACCCCUUGGUGCUGAUGAUUUUGGGAACACAACACUAGAGACCAAAGAUGGGGGGGGGGCAUGGGGGCAGGGAUUGGAGGGCAGGAGCUGGUGGGGUCACAUGGGGACAGGGAGCUGCCACCUUCCCAGGGACUCAACCCCCCCUCCCCCAACAAGGCUGCUUUAUGAUGUAUCCAUGGGGAACAUCCCCCCCCCCCAUGCCCCUCGGAAAUGGGUGCCAUCGGGCACUGCCAGCUGGGACCCUGCUCCCUGCCGGGGGUGAGGGGAGCACCCUAACCCUUUGCACAGCAGCCUGGAACGCGGCCCCAGGGGGCAGCACUGGGGGGGGGCCCUUUGCACAUCAUCCCCAGCCGCUUUGGGCCCCAACUGCUCUACAGCACCCCCUAUGGACCAAAGUAGAUAGCACCUCUACCCUGACUCGCCCUAUAAUCCCCCCUAGGGCCAGUGUUGUCCCCCAAAACCUCCACUCCAAUCCUUGCCCUGGAGAAAAUAUUGUCACCCACACACACCCAUUCAGAGUCGUCCCCCAGCUGGGCGGGGGCGGGGGGGGGGGGAAGCGGUGGCGGUUGAAUCCGCCCUCCCCACCCAAUGCACACAGCCCCUGUAGGCUCCCCCCUCCCCUCAGCACCCCCCAGCUGUAGGGGAAGGAGCCCUGCAGGGUCGCUGAUCUGUUACACUACAAGAUGGGGCGGGGGAAUCGCCCUCUCCUAAGGCCCCUGUUGGUCCUGGGGCUGCAGUUCCAGACUCCUGCAGCAGGGGCCACUGUCACCCUCACAAGCAGGUUCUGCAUCGUGGGGGGAG